UAUAUAUUAUACAAACCCGACACUCCGACAGUGUCAUUACAGACGAGUAUAGACGAGUUGUGGAGAUCUGAACAUGAAAGUCAUCUGCACACCGCCUUUCUGGGUUCCCAGUCGAGUCACUGCGUUAAUGUACAAUCCUUUACGUGCCUGUGUCCCCGCAUUCACUAGCGUGUGUACGGGUCAACGUACAUUCAAGACACACACUCAUGUAUGUAGGGCUAAAGUUGAGCCGCACUCAUUAUCACAGUACUUAGCAAAAGCGCCAAGAUCAACUGUGCAGACACCCUGUCACCAAACACUCGCGAAAGAAGUGCAAGAUGAAGGUGCACAAUCGGAGUACCUCAAUCGCAUACGACGGAAAGUUGACCCUGAACAAGACAUUAAGUCACUCGAACUGGAGGUUUUGGAAGAAAUAGCUCUGAGUCUGGGCAAGACAGCAGAUAAGGCAAACUGGUCGUUUUAUCAGCUAGAGGUAGCUCAGAAGAAAGUGCGAGACCACAUACAGCUGUACGGACGCGAUAAGAACGGGCCACGUGCCGCUGAGCGACUGGAUCUGAUUCGCAAGUAUAAUGAGGUGAGAGAAACGGCGUACGAGGAAAGGAGGAAGCUGGUAAUACACAGACAAGCGUGCGGUUUCAGGACGGGCAAUUGGCAGAUGAUUGAGAAGAUGUACCCUUUGCCGCAUAGAAUUCUUGAGGAAUAAAUGGCAACGUUGAUUGCAAGC